UUGUUCUGUGCUAAGGUUUUAAAUUUAUUUUUAUCAAUUUUGAGACAUGUAUCGUUUGUGUACUGAUAUUGCGUACAUAUGUGAAGUAAAAUCUAUCAUAUGGAAGUUAUGAUGAUAGAAAAAUGAUUUAAUUUCGAAGAAAACCAGUAUUCAGCACCGAAAAAGGUUACUCUUAUUCAAAGGAAAUGAGUUCUGAAGUUACUGUUCAUUACCUAACAAAUGAUCCAAAUACGGCAUGGAAGGAAAUAUUCAAAAGCCAAAAGAUAUUGAAGCUAAAUGUUAGAAUACCCGUAAAACCAGUUGAACAGGAUAAAGUUAGAUUCGUGUGCAUGAGUGACACUCAUUCUCUAAUAAGAAAUAUCAAUUUCGAUAUACCUGAUGGUGAUGUUUUUAUACAUGCAGGUGACUUCACGAAGUGCGGACAAGCAGAAGAAGUUGUACAGUUCAAUGAAUGGCUAGGAUCUUUACCGCAUAGAUAUAAGGUUGUUAUUGCUGGGAACCAUGAACUCAGCUUUGAUAAGAAGUUCAUAGAUGUCUUUAGACAAAAGGUAUCAUCAAGACCUUGCUGUUCAGAAUACAUAGAGGAUGAAGUGCCAAACUAUGGGCAUACUAAAGAUAACAUUGCUGAUGCUGUGAACACUGAAAAUAUUAGGCAGUACCUUACAAACUGCAUAUAUUUAGAAGACAGUGGAUUAGAAAUAUAUGGAAUCAAGUUAUAUGGGACCCCUUGGCAGCCAGAGUUUGGAAACUGGGCUUUUAAUUUGACACGGGGAGAAGAAUGUCUCUCCAAAUGGAACAAAAUACCUAAUGACAUUGAUAUUUUGAUAACACAUACGCCACCAUUAGGCCAUGGAGACUUGGUAUGCUCUGGUGUACGAGCUGGUUGCGUAGAGCUUUUGAACACUGUCCAACAGAGAGUUAAACCAAAGUAUCACGUAUUUGGGCAUAUUCAUGAAGGUGAGAGGGACAAUAUUAUGUUGGUCUUGUUAUGGAGUGACGUCGGAUGGUAAAAUAAUUUUCAUAAAUGCUUCUACAUGUGAUAUCAACUAUAUACCAGACAACUUACCCGUGGUUUUUGAUGUACCCCUCAAAAAGGGUUUUGUAAAAGACAUAUAAUCUAAUUAUCACUAAAAUAUUGUUGAUAAUUUAGGUAUCUGUAGGUACUUGUUUUGUAUGUUUUAUAUGAAAUGUUUUGUUUAUAAAUUAAUAUUCAUAAUUAAACUCUUCCCUAUUCAA